AUGGCGUCUUGUAGUACGUUAAAGAGUUUAAGCGCAUUUACAAGCACUAGUAACGACUUUAGUCAUAAUCAUCACUCGGCAUCCACACAAUCUUUUGCUGGUCAACUUAACAUUGAAAUCCUGGGCGCUCGGAAUCUAUCGCCUGCAGUACUUGGGAGUUUAUUCAAAUGGACACCAAGUUAUUCGAAUCCAUAUAUCGUCAUAUCGUUAGAUCGUGAACGGUUUGUCUCAAGUGUAAAGAAAAAAGACUUGAACCCGAGUUGGAAGGAAACAGGUCGACUGAAUGUACCGCUUCCAUCCGAGACUGAAAUGUUACAAACGAGUGGAAUUCCAGGCGGUAGAUUUGGUGACAAUGGAAGCAAGAAAGAUACAGUGGAGCAUUUGACAAUGAAAAAGACUGGAACUGCUACUGCUACUGUGGCAGCUGCAAUGGGGUAUCGACAAUAUUAUCCAUGUGCACCGGAGCUUGAUGUCCAGAUUUUUCAUCGUUCCGACGAGAUAACCGAUACUAUGGCAAAUGCUGCUUCCACGUCCAAUGCAUUGGAUAAUUCCAAUUAUGUAGCAGCUCUAGGACCGGAUGAUAAACUAAUUGGUGCUGUGAUUGUACCAUUAUUACCAUGUCUUAUGACAAGUGUUUCGAGUUUUCGAGGAUGGUAUCAAUUAACGGAUGAAGAGUCCCAGAAAGCAGGACAAUUGCAGCUUUCAUUGAGCUUUGAUGUUUCUGCUGCAACGAAUCAUUUGGAACCACGGAAGGGAGAUAUUGUACGAUUGACGGGCUUUGGAGGACUCGAGUAUUACUCGAAAAUUCUACCACCGGGUGCAAGACUUGAGGUGCUGGAUACAUUCCAGGAUCAAGUGUUUGUUCAGACGCGUAGUCUAGAAGGAUGGCCGUUGAGUUUUGAACUACAUCGUAAUUUGGUGCAUGUUGAACGCCGUCCAUCGCUCUUUCAUGAUGCCUCCGAGCAACUCCACAAUCAAGUGACGCGAGUGCGUCAAUUGCGUGUUGUCACAAGCGCGCAACGUGUUUGGCGUACUUUGCCAGAAACGCCACGAGCUCAACUUGAAAACUCGGCUGCGUUUGUGGCUUUCUUUGGCACCCAGGCGUAUUCCAUGAUAAUGCGCAGUGUGCAUGAUCUGCUACGUUCUGGCGUGUAUUCCGGUGUACAAACGUUUGUGUCAAGUUCAAAGGACGCGUUUGGACAGGUGAAACACGAGUUUGUACGUGUGUACUGGAGUGCACCGAGGCGUGUGACUUCUGGAUAUUUAGACGCUGGCUACGAUGACGACCUGAUUGACUGCGGACCUCGUACCAAUCGUGGGCAUAUUGUGCGUGCUUUUACGGCCGCAGACCGCUUGGCCGUUGAGUAUGAGGAUCAAGACGAGGAGGAACUGAUGAUGCACUGGAAAACAUAUGAAGACAGCGAAGAGUUCAAGCAGCAAGAAGCUCAAGAAGGCAACGAAGACGAGUCUGAUGUACCUGAGCAACUCAUUUGUCCUAUUACUGGCUGUCCAAUGUUGGAUCCUGUUGUCGCUGCGGAUGGACACAGUUACGAAAGAGAGGCUAUUUUGCAGUGGUUUAAAACGAGUGACAUCUCGCCAAUGACGGGCAUGCAUAUACCUACGAAGCAGGUAUUCUCAAAUUUUACGUUGCGCCAACUUUCCGAGGAAGUUCGUGCCGCAGCCGCUCGUCGUCAACAGACCAAAAGAGAGCUACACUCACUGAAGUAG